UCACCACCCAACUUCACCUAUAUCUACUCUUAAACCCCUGCGCGCGCACACACACAAUCCCCGCCCUUCUCUCUGCAAUGAAGCUGCCGGAAACUGCAACCGUCACCGGAGAUCACGAAACCGUCACCGGAGAACUUCUUCAAUCUCUUCUCCAUUCAAUCCAAAAAACUCAAUCCUUCAAAGGCAAAUGGUCACUAAUCGAAACGAAAGUUUCCGAUCUCAAAACCUUACUCUCUGACGUCUCCGAUUUCCCGCCGAAUUCAAUAUCCGGCGACCUCAUCCGCUCGCUAACACAAACACUCUCCGACGCUUUAUCACUCUCCGUCACCUGCCACACCGCUAAUCUCCCUGCCGGAAAGUUAAAAACGCAAAACGACAUCGAUUCCGUCACCGCAAAACUCGAUAAUCACAUCCGAGAUUUAGACGUCGUCGUCAAAAGCGGCGUCCUCCACGACGGCGUCGUUUCCGUUUCGAAAUCUUCGAAUUCGAAAAUAUCGAAAAGAGAUUCCGUACGAGUUGAGGCGAGGAGUUUAGUAACUCGGUUGCAGAUCGGUUCGGUUGAUUCUAGAACCUUCGCGCUUGAUUCGCUGUUGAAGUUAAUCCAGGAAGAUGAUAAGAACGUGUUAAUCGCCGUCGCACAAGGCGUUGUUCCGGUGCUUGUACGGCUGUUAGAUUCCGGAUCUUCACCGGAGAUUCGAGAGAAAACGGUCACGGCAAUCGCUAGGGUUUCGACUGUCGAUUCGAGCAAGCACGUGUUACUAGCAGAAGGUUUGUUACUACUUCAUUAUCUAAUCAAAGUUCUGGAAUCCGGUAGCGAUUUCGCGAAGCAAAAAGCGUGUGUUACGCUUCAAACCCUAACACUUUCGAAAGAAAACGCAAAAGCGAUUGAAUCACGAGGCGGAAUCUCGUCGUUGUUAGAUAUUUGUCAGUCCGGUACGCCGCCGUCGCAAGCCGCCGCUGCCGCCGUGCUCCGGAACCUCACCGAAUUCUCCGAUUGCAGAGAGAAUUUCAUCGAAGAACACGCGGUUUCGGUACUUCUAACCCUAGCUCGUUCUGGAACUGCAUUAGCUCAAGAACAUUCAAUUGCUUGUUUAAGUAAUUUAGUUAAAGAUGAUGAUGAUUUGAAACUGUUGAUUGUUAGAAAAGGUGGAUUGAUUAGUUUGAAAAGCUUUUGGGACUCUGCUUCUGUUAAAAGUUUAGAGGUAGCAGUUGAGUUUUUAAGCAAUUUAGCGUCGGAUCAACGGUUAAUCGAAGUUAUCAUAUCGAACGAUUUCUUAAUCCGGUUACUUAACGCGUUAAACUGUGGAGUUUUAGGCGUUAGAACUCACGCUGCAGAAGCGGUUUACAAAAUCGGAUACAAUUCGAAAACUAGAAAGGAGUUAGGCGAAUUAGGGUUUAUUCCGGUUUUAAACAGGAUGUUGGAUGGGAAGUCUGUUGAGGAAAUUCAAGCGGCAGCGAAGGCGUUAUCGACGAUUUUGGUUUAUACCGAAAACCGAAGGGUUUAUAGGAAGGAUCCGCGAGGGGUAGUGAGUGUGGUCCGUCUUUUAGAUCCAUCGAUAACGAAUCUAGACAAGAAAUACCCUGUUUCGAUUCUAAAUUCGUUAACUCAUUCGAAGAAAUGUCGUAAACAGAUGGUGAAAUCGGGUGCUUUGUCGCAUUUGGAGAAGCUUGUGGCAAUGGAUGUUGAAGGUGCAAAGAGUUUACAAGAAGCAAUUGGUGGUGGGAAGUUGUUUGGUGUGUUUAGAAUAAGGUCAUGAAGUUGAUGAUCAUUGAAAUGUUGAAAUGAAAUGUAAGUAAGAAAUUGGAAAUUACACUUGUUGAUUUUUGUUUUUGAUUUUGUUUUUGUUUUAAUUGUUGUUAUUUGACAUAUUGUUGGUUGUUGUGCCAUUGUUCAUAAAUUUAUUGGUAGCAAGUACUAAAGUAGAUGAAUAUUACUA